UCCCCGGAGCGGCCGAGGGGCGCGCGGGGAGAGGCCUGCGCCGGGGUACUUUCAAACUGAGGCGCGCGCACACACUCACACCCACCCACCCAUACAUACACACACACACACACACACACCCAUUUAUAUAGGCGGCGGCGGUAGCGAGCGCAGGAGCGAUGGAGCUGAGCCAGCCGACCCCAGUUGGAAGCAAGUGAGGAGAGCCCAGGCACACCCCAGGAUUUCUGUGCCCGGCGCUUGUCAUCCUCCCCAGGGAAGCGUGCACCCAAGAGAGGACCAGCUGGACUGAUUUGCUAGGGAGAGGGCGGGGAAGAGGAGGAGGCCAGGUGAGCAAGGAGCCCCUACGUAUCCGGACUGCCGGAUCGCGCCUUUGCCUGAUUCCUGCCCUCUCCUUGUUCAGGUGGGCGCGCCGGGUCCCCAGCUCACAAGGGGUGCUCGGAAGAGAGCAGAAAGUCGCGACCCGGCCGCGCGGGAUGCCUUUCGCCAAGCGGAUCGUGGAGCCGCAGUGGCUGUGCCGGCAGCGGCGCCCGGCGCCCGGCCCAGCAGAGGACGCGAGUGGAGGCAGCGCUGAGCCGCCGCCGCCCCUGCAGCCGCCCGGCCGGCUCGAGGAGGCCGAGGCGCCGGGGCCAGAGGAGCCUCCCCGCGCGCCCGCCGCGCCCCCCGGGCUGCCGCCGCCGCCCCCGCCGCUGCCUGAGGCAGCAGACCAGGCUCAGCCGCCUCACGGAGAGGCGCCGGCGGCCGGCGAGGAGAUCGCGGCGGGGGUCCCGGAGGCGGCGGCGGCGGUUGGCGACGCGUCCUCGGCGGCAGCCGCGGCUGUGCUACUCAUGCUGGACCUGUGCGCAGUCAGCAACGCCGCGCUGGCCCGCGUCCUCCGGCAGCUCUCCGACGUGGCCCGGCACGCAUGCAGCCUCUUCCAGGAGCUCGAGAGCGACAUCCAGCUCACCCAUCGCCGCGUCUGGGCGCUGCAGGGCAAGCUGGGCGGCGUGCAGCGCGUCCUCGGCACGCUGGACCCCAAGCAGGAGGCAGUGCCCGUCUCCAACCUGGACAUUGAGAGUAAGCUGAGUGUGUACUACCGCGCACCAUGGCACCAGCAGAGGAACAUCUUCCUCCCAGCCACGAGGCCGCCGUGCGUGGAGGAGCUGCACCGCCAUGCCCGGCAGAGCCUGCAAGCGCUGCGCAGAGAGCACCGGAGCCGGAGUGACCGCCGAGAGCAGAGAGCUGCUGCGCCCCUGUCCGUAGCCGCGCCUCCACUGCCCGCCUACCCUCCAACUCACAGCCAGCGGAGGCGCGAGGCCAAGGAGCGCCACUUCCUCACGUUUAACAGCACCCGCUCGCCCUCCCCCACUGAGUGUUGCCACAUGGCCCCAUGGAGUAGAAAGUCCCAUCCCCCAGAGGACGAAGAUACAGAUGUCAUGUUAGGGCAGCGGCCGAAAAACCCAAUACACAAUAUUCCCUCUACACUGGACAAGCAGACAAACUGGAGCAAAGCACUACCUCUCCCAACGCCGGAGGAGAAGAUGAAACAAGAUGCCCAAGUGAUUUCUUCUUGCAUUAUUCCCAUCAAUGUCACUGGAGUUGGCUUUGACAGAGAAGCUAGUAUACGCUGCUCUCUUGUUCAUUCACAAUCCGUACUCCAGCGGAGACGAAAAUUGAGGAGGAGGAAAACCAUCUCGGGUAUCCCCAGAAGAGUUCAACAAGAAAUAGAUUCUGAUGAGUCACCGGUGGCCAGGGAGAGGAACGUGAUUGUGCACACGAACCCCGACCCCGCCAACGCUGUCAACAGGAGGUCCGGAACCAGGGACUCGGAGUGCCAGACCGACGAUAUUCUGAUCGCUGCCCCAUCCAGAAGGAGGAUCAGGGCUCAAAGAGGCCAAAGCAUUGCAGCUUCCCUUUCGCAUUCCGCUGGCAACAUCUCUGCCCUGGCGGACAAAGGCGACACCAUGUUUACUCCGGCAGCAAGCAGCCGCACCAGAUCCCGGAGCCUUCCCCGGGAGGGCAACAGAGGCGAGGAUGCUGAGCCCAAAGUUGGUGCUAACCCCUCAGCAUAUGAAGAGGGCGAGCCCUUUGUGGGUGACCAUGAAAGAACCCCCAAUGAUUGCAGCGAGGCUCCCAACAGCCCAAGUGCACAGGAACACCAGCCGUCAGAUUUGGGCUUGGCCUGCUCACCACAUCUGCACAGCCCCCAGCACAAGUUAGGCGAGAGGGGGAGGUCACGCCUGUCCCGCAUGGCUGCCGACUCUGGCAGUUGUGACAUCUCCUCCAACUCAGACACCUUGGGGAGCCCCAUCCACUGCAUGUCCACGGCCGGCGUCCUCCUCAGCAGCCACAUGGACCCAAAGGACGACCACCAGUCAUCCAGUGGCAACUGGAGUGGGAGCAGCUCCACGUGCCCCUCCCAGACCUCAGAGACAAUCCCUCCUGCAGCUUCUCCCCCACUCACUGGCUCCUCACACUGUGACUCGGAGUUGUCCCUCAACACGGCCCCUCAUGCUAGUGAUGACACCAGCGUGUUUGUGACUGAGCAGUUCAGUGAUCCCCUGGAUCAAGUGAGAGGCCACCGGGCCAACUCCUUCACGUCCACUGUGGCAGAUCUACUGGAUGACCCCAACCACAGCAAUGCAAGUGACAGCGAAUGGAAUUACCUGCACCACCAUCACGACGCCUCGUGCCGCCGGGAUGUUAGUCCCGAGCGUCCCAAGGCAGACAGCCUGGGCUGCCCGAGCCUCACAAGCAUGGCCACAUAUGACAGCUUUCUGGAGAAGUCUCCAUCUGACAAAGCAGACACGAGCUCUCACUUUUCAGUAGACACAGAAGGAUACUAUACCUCCAUGCACUUUGACUGUGGUCUCAAGGGUGACAAGAGCUACGUCUGUCACUACGCAGCCCUAGGCCCAGAGAACGGCCAGGGUGCUGGGGUUCCUCCUGGCCUUCCAGACUGUGCCUGGCAGGACUACUUAGACCGCAGGAGGCAGGGGAGACCAAGCAUCUCUUUCAGGAAACCAAAGGCAAAGCCAACCCCACCGAAACGGAGCUCAUCGUUGAGGAAGUCUGAUGGAAAUGCAGACAUUUCUGAGAAGAAAGAACCAAAGAUAAGCAGUUCCAGGGAAAUGAAGCUGCCUCUAGAUUUCUCCAACACGCCUUCUCGCAUGGAAAAUGCCAGCCUCCCCAGCAAGCAGGAACCUUCUUGGAUGACCCCAAGUGAACAUGGUGGUAAGGAAGCUCAGUUAGACACUUCAGAUAUGCCAGCAUUCAAAGAUGAAGGUGCUGAAUCAACUCACUAUGCAGACCUCUGGCUUCUCAAUGACUUAAAAACAAAUGAUCCUUACAGGUCUUUAUCCAACUCGAGCACUGCUACGGGUACCACAGUUGUUGAAUGCAUCAAAUCCCCAGAGAGCUCGGAAUCCCAAACAUCCCAAUCAGAAUCAAGAGCCACAACCCCGUCUCUUCCUUCUGUUGACAACGAGUUUAAACUGGCUUCCCCAGAAAAGCUGGCUGGCUUGGCGUCUCCAUCAAGUGGCUACUCAAGCCAGUCUGAAACACCCACGUCCUCUUUCCCUACAGCUUUCUUUUCAGGCCCAUUGUCUCCUGGUGGCAGCAAAAGGAAACCUAAAGUCCCAGAAAGGAAAUCCUCACUGCAGCAACCCUCAUUGAAAGAUGGAGCCCUGUCACUGAGUAAAGACCUUGAACUUCCAAUUAUACCUCCUACUCAUCUUGACCUAAGUGCUCUUCAUAAUGUGUUGAACAAACCAUUCCACCACCGUCAUCCAUUGCAUGUUUUCACUCAUAAUAAGCAGAACACAAUAGGAGAGACACUGAGGGCCAAUCCUCCCCCAUCCCUUGCAAUUACACCAACGGUCCUGAAAUCUGUGAACCUUAGGUCCAUCCAUAAGCCUGAAGACAUUAAGCAAAAAGAAGGCCACAAUGCGGAUCUCCCCUACUUGGAGGAGAAUACUCUCACAAUGGCUGCCUUGUCUCCCGGUCAGAUUAGGCCACAUAUGGCGAAGAAAUCAAUAGCACGACAGUAUUCCACCGAAGACGCCAUCCUGUCCUUUUUAGACUCCUCUGCAAUUGAGGUAGGACCAGAUAAACUACAUUUAGAGAAAAACCCUACUUUUGAUGUGAAGAAUCAUUGUGAUCCAGAAACUGUAACCUCAGCUGGUAGCAAUCUUCUAGAUUCAAAUGUCAUGAAAGAACUGGUGCAGGUGGAGGGAGAGCCUACUCCAGAGAACACACCGACUCAAAACAGUGGCUUUUCCCCAGAAGGAUUCCAGAGGCUCUCUGCCGCCCGCCCGACUGAUUUGGAUGGCAAGCUGCUACACUAUGGAGCUAGUGCAGAUGGAAGCCUAGAACAGGUACAGAAGGCACCCCCUGCCAGUCAGGAGGAAACUGCACCACCCGAAUCCAUGGAUGGAGUCACAUCUCAGGCAAACUCACCAACUACAGCAACAGACAGAAGCACUCAACCUAAGCAUCAACUUGUUAUGAGCCGCCACCACGACAAAGUGCCUGGGAAUAUCCGCUAUGAAUCAGAGAUCUCAACUGUAAAUUCAUUCCUUGAAAAAUGUUCCGAGCAGGAAAAUACUGCUUCAGGUAUUUCCGCCAAAAGUGCCUCUGAAAACGGCAGAGCAGAGGAGACCCAAGGAAGCGUAGAUGAGGCUUCACUGAAAGAAUCCUCAGCGAGUGAUGACUCCAUCAUUUCACCACUUAGUGAAGACUCCCAAGCCGAAGCAGAGGGUGUAUUCGUGUCUCCAAACAAACCUCGCACAACUGAGGAUCUAUUUGCAGUCAUUCACAGAUCGAAGAGGAAAGUACUUGGAAGAAAAGAUUCUGGAGACAUGUCUGUUCGAAGCAAAUCGAGAGUUCCUCUGGGUGGCAGUAGCAGCGGCACGGGUUCUGUCCCUCCAGCUGGCAGCAACGUGACAACCCCAAACAGCCAGAGGUCUCCUGGUCUCAUCUAUCGCAACGCCAAAAAGUCGAACACAUCCAAUGAAGAGUUUAAGCUGCUGCUCCUCAAGAAAGGCAGUCGCUCCGAUUCCAGCUACCGCAUGUCUGCCACUGAGAUCCUGAAGAGUCCCAUCCUGCCCAAACCUCCUGGGGAGCUCCCGGCAGAGUCCCCUCAAGGCGGGGAGGAUGCCCAUCACGGGUCCCCUGGGGCCGAGGCCUUGUCCCCGCUCUCGCCGUGCUCCCCACGAGUCAACGCAGAAGGGUUUUCCUCCAAGAACUUCGCCACCACAGCAUCGGCGAGGGUUGGGCGUUCCCGGGCCCCGCCCGCGGCCAGCAGCAGCCGCUACAGCGUGCGCUGCCGGCUGUACAACACGCCCAUGCAGGCCAUCUCCGAGGGCGAGACAGAGAACUCGGACGGGAGCCCGCACGACGACCGCUCCUCCCAGAGCUCCACGUAGGCCGCCCGCGCAGGCUGCCUCCGGAUACCCAAACCCUUCCCUUCCUUGCGGUUGUAGGAAAGGCACGAGGACUGGGGAGAAGUCACAUGGCUGCUUAGCAAGGCGUUGCUGAGUACAUGCUGAGGAAGCCGAGUGGGUUCAUCAUUCUGGAUUUGUUUCCGUGUUUUAAGUAGCUGCACUGUCUUUCCUGGUUUUCUUUAGCUUAGUUUGAUUUACCCAAUGUCAUUCUUUGUGAUAAUAGAAAAUACCGAUAUGUCCAGUUUUCAUGAAAGCUAGACAAAGUUUUCCCAGAGCUGCCUAUUCAGAAAACAAAGCCAUCACGGCUAUGAUUCCUUAAAGAAGAUGAAAUUACUCUGGAGGUUUGGUAUUUUUUUACAUUACAAUGAACUAAAGCAAAAAUUUAGAAGAAAGAACUACACAUAUGUAAAUACCAUAUUUUUGAUAAAAAUGUGUACAUAGAUUUAUCAAUGAUGAGUGGACAUGUGGCCAAUUAUCUACCGCAGAUCAACUGUUUAUACAACACACAAAAAUAAAGUGUAAUAACUGUAUUCUGUGAAUACCAUUUUCAUAUCAAAUACCAUAUUUAAAUGUCCACCAAUAUGAUUUUUGAAUGAUAAACCUCAAACAGAAAUUCCAAACUGCUGAAAUAAAGGAAAGUCAUAUAGUGAAAUGUGAUCAACUUAAAAUAAUGAAUCCAGAUCUAAUCGUUUUUGUAGCAAAUUACAGCUUCAAACAUGUUAAUAGCAGUGUGUGGCUGUGAUUUGCCAUGUGGCAAUUUGGACAGAAUGAAAAGCAUGCUUUGGAUUUUUUUUUAAUUGAUAACCGAAGUAAUCGUUCUCAACACAAAGCCCUGAACAGCAGCAUUUGACAGUGUCCUUUAAUUCUCUCAAUGGAUUGCUUUAAAAGAGAAUGAGUAGGGAAACCAGUAGGAAAAGUUAGGUUGUUUUAUAUUAAGCUACUGGUGACAAUGAACAGUCAUAAUCUAAUGACUGUAACCUUUAAACUUCUUAAACAGUUUAGCAGUUAGCUCCAGGUUCUGAAACUGACAAAAAAUAAAACCUUAAGCAUGCCACAGAGCUAGUGACUUCUCAGUAAGUACCUUCAAUGGGUUUUCAGUGGAGCUUUCUCUCUGUGCUGAUGAGAUUCAUGCUACCUAAAAACGAACAGAAAUGACACUGUGAACAAUGUAGUUGGGAAAUAGGUGUGUGUAUAUGCAUUAUUUAUAGUCACUGUUAAACUGGGAAUGGGGAACAGCUCUGGUUCACAAUGCUACAUACAACUGAGUUUUUGUCUGGUUUUACUAUAUCUGCUUGAUGGCAAAAGGGGAGGGUGGUGGGUGGGAAAGGAAAUACCAGGGCAAGUGCUCUGAUAACGUGAAGGCAGGGAAACAAGCUGAAUUACUUGAAAUUACUUGAAUUUUCUUGUCUUAAAACUGAAAAAAAAAAUGUAGUAUACAAGUUGAAAUCUGCAAAUGGUUUUUACACCUCUGAUUUUAACAUGAACUGAUAGUAAUCUUUGGAAUCAUAUGUCGGAAAUAUAAGCAGCUAUGUACUUAGAAUAGGUUUUGAAUGGGAGAGGUAGAAAAUAGCGAGAACUGAGAAGGUAUACGACCUGUAAAAGACUAGAAUGUGAUUAGAGUGGUAGAACAUGCCAAGAAGUUGAUGUGCAGCUGGCUUGACGCUAAUGCAAGUGGUAUUUGGGAAAGCAGGAUGUGUGAGAAGGGGAUUUGCGGUUUGGGAUUAAUUCAUGCAAAAUGAAAGAGAAAUCCUGGUCUGAGAAUAUAUUGUCUUUCAAUAGAAACACUUUCUGAAAUGUUACAGAUUAAGAAUUACACAUCUGAUUGCUGUUGAUGUUUUGGUUGUUUGAAAAGUAAAAAAAAAGUCUGGCUUCUACUAUUUGUUAUCACUACCAAAUUGCAUUUAUUUUUUGCCAUCCUUGUAUGUAAAAUGGGUGCUGGGGGUGGAGGGGUAGAGGAGGCAAUUGAGAGAGAGAGAGUGAGUUGAGUGUGUGUGUGUGUGUGUGUGCGUGCGCGCGCACGUGCGCCUGUGCUGGGGAUAGAUAAGCUACCUGGUAAAGGGUUUGAACAUUUACAAAGUGUUAUACUUUUUAUUAAAAGGAAAAUGUGUUGGGGUUUGAAACAAAUGGACCACAAUUUCUCACUGGAAUCCAUUAAUUAAGAAAACCAGCAUGGUUUGCCAUCACAUGGGAACAUCAACAAAUUUGUCUCAUGGUUUGAAAAGUACACUUGGCAAAAUUUUAAAAAUCAAGUUUUUAGACAAAUGUGAUAAGAUACCAUCAUUUCCAGUCACAAUAGGCAAUCUUUUUGUAAUUUUCAUAAAAGCAGUUCGUUUGCAGUAUGGCUUUUGUGUAGUUAGGGGUUUUUUAAGCGUGAGGAAAGGUAUGUGGGCUUUAAAAGUGAUUCUAAAUCUUGAAGAGAAAACACAUGAAUUGGCUUUAAGAAAAAUGUCACCUUUUAUUAUUGACAUUAAUUUUAAGUAUGGUAUCAUAUAUAUUUUAAAACACAUGUUGACUUGAAUUAUGAGGCAAUAAGAUACCUUCUAUAUGUAAUGAUCACAGAACUAACCCUUAUAAUAUAGUUUUACUUAUUUUGUUUACUCUAAAAAUCUAUAGCAGAGUUUCUCUAUUUUAUAUUUCAUAGAUUUUAAAAAACCCAAAUAAAGAUGGAUUUUAAAUUCACUGUGGAAAAGAAUAUUGAAUAAAACCUGAGAGAAAGAGCAAGGAGUUCCUUAAUCUGGAAUAUUCUACAUGGCUUUAUUACAUAGCAAACAAGACUAAGAUGUCAUUAACAUCACUGCCAGCUUGAAGCAGGGUACACACGUUAGGUAUUGUAAUGAACAUCAAGCUGAACUUUUCUUCUGUUGUUUGCACUGAUACACAUUUUUUGUUCUUUAAGUUUAUACAUAUCUAUGUUGUGUGGGGGACUUUUUCCUUUUUUACAAAAUUCUGAUUUGAUUUUUUUCUCUUUUUUUCAUUUUGUUUUUGGCUAAGUAGAGGACAUGGACUAGUAGUAGCAAACAAAACACGCUGUUUGCUCUUGCCCAAGGUCAGCGGUGAGGACAUCUGCUGCAGUGGUGGCAGGUAGAGAACUAGAUUGGGACAAAGAUGUAAAACUAUCAAGAAGGGUACAUUGUAACUAUUUUGGUACUAGAACCAGUUCAUGCUGGCCGAAAAGACAAUGGUUUAUGGACUUGCAUCCAUUUUGUAUUUUUGUAAUAUUUGUAAAUAUGAACUUUUUAAAUUGUUGCAAAGAUGGUUUCUUUUGUAAGAUGUUUUCAACGUUUACAUUCAAUCCAAGCCUUUGUAUAUUUUAGAGCUGUGCAACACUUUAAGUCUUGUAUUUAUUUUUAGUAAAAACGGUGACAGUUUCAUUGUGAACCCCUCUCAAUAAAAUGUAUCAGAAAAGUUUGAUUACCUAGAAAGUGUGUAUAGAAACUGCAAAUAAA